GGCAGAGGCAGGGUGGGAUGAAGGAGGCUUGAGGCGCCGACGGGGCCGAGUAUGGCGCGGAACGGCCGGGCUGUGGGGAAGGCGCUGGCCGAGAGGUUGGCGGCCUCGCCGCGCAGGGCGGCCUUCAGGCAUUUGACUUCUUGGGAAAUGGUGUUGAGCAAAGUCCCUCUGCGGCAAGUGCCCGGAACGCCCUGCGUGUUUUCAAGAAGAACUUUCUUCAACUUUACUGCACCGCUAGUGAACAAAAGGAAGGAGUAUUCAGAAAGGAGGAUUAUAGGAUAUUCCAUGCAGGAAAUGUAUGACGUGGUAGCCGUCGUCAGUGAAUACAAGAACUUUGUUCCUUGGUGCAAGAAGUCUGACGUGCUCUCCAAGCGCUCUGGAUAUUGCAAGGCCCACAUAGAAGUCGGAUUUCCUCCCGUGAUGGAGAAGUACACGUCAGUGGUGACGCUAGUCAGACCUCACUUGGUUAAGGCCUCUUGUACAGACGGGAAGCUGUUUAAUCAUUUGGAAACGGUGUGGCGCUUCAGCCCCGGGAUCCCCGGCUAUCCAAGAACCUGCACCUUGGAUUUUUCGGUUUCCUUUGAGUUCCGCUCUCUCCUGCACUCCCAGCUGGCCACGCUGUUCUUCGACGAGGUUGUGAAGCAGAUGGUGGCAGCCUUUGAGAGAAGAGCCUCCAAGUUGUACGGUCCAGAAACCAGCAUCCCUCGAGAGCUGAUGUUUCACGAAGUGCAUCACACAUAAAAGCGGGGGGGAGGGGAAAGCGUCACGUUAAAUUAUUUGUACAUCUUGUUCAUACAUGAAACAUUUUCAUGUGUGCCUCAAAUCCCAUGGGGGGUUUUUGCCAAUUAUGUAUAGUGUACUACUGUACAAAGCACGCGCGGGAAAGAGCGCGCAUGUACAUAAUAUAGACGUUUCAAUCAAGUGCAAUUGAAGGUGCUGAAAAGCAUGACUGAAGGGGCAGCUACAAGCAACACCAAAAUUGCCUUCUGCAUCUUGCCAGUUUGUACAAACGGACUCAGCACUGGCAGCUCUUUCUGCCUUAUAUAUAUUUUUUGCAGUGUUUUUAUUUACUAUUGCAGUCGAGUUUUAAGUUAUUAGCCUUUUCAAACUUAUUUAUUUUUACUAUUUCACAAACCAAAGUUUUGCCAGCAAGCUUGUUUCUUGACUUGUACAUAGGGGCAGCAAGCGCCAGCUAGUGGGCAGCUGCCCUUAAAAGGGCUGGUUUUAAAAAAAGGGCAAAAAUCAAGUAAUCUGCAGUCUUGCGUAGGACCUCCAUGAAGGGCCGAAAGCUGGUGGAGUUCUAUGCACCCCAUCAUGGAGUCACAUUAAUAAGGGAAGCUAGCUGAGAUGACAGGGUUUGCUCUGAGCAAGAUGACAAGUUUUUAAAAGAGUUAGUUGCAAGUUACAGGGGGGUGUUUCGGGGUGACCUUUGUAACACAGUGCCUGAUUAAUAACAUUUAUGGUACAGCCUUCUUAGAAUAUUUCAAGUGUUCUCAAACCUUAGAGUUUUGAUUACUCCUCUCUGACCUCAGUGUAUCUCACAGACCUGACAGGGCCCCUUGUCUAAGAAGUAAAGCCAUCAUGGAAGUGUCCGUCCUCUAGGAUGGAGUCAGGCCGCGCUUUAGAAGUGGGUCUAGAGCAGUGCAUGCACACAGCCUCAAAAAGGACUCCAAUUGUAGUGGGUUCUGCCGAGUCACAGAAGUUCGGACUGAGCCCAGCCUUUCAUUGGAGGGUACUUGGUCCCAAGGACAGAAAGAAACUUCCUUCUGUGUUUAUAAAUUUAGCUCAAAGCCAACUCAGCCCAGAGGGGGGUGGGGAGCGGGAGAGGAAGGGCUUCUCAAAUGAAAGCUGAAAUCCUGGAACCCAAUGCCGCUAUCGGAUAGCAUCCCAGCACAUGGCUAUUUAACUUAUGCAUUAUUUUUGCAAGAAUGCUAGCAGAGUUUUACAUCACAGUAACUAUGACUGCAUUAGCUCAAGAUGGGUAGCCAUGUUAGUCUGUAAAAGAAAAGAGCAAGAAUCCAGUAGCGCCUCAGUGAUCAACAUUUGUUGCAGGGGUUGAGCUUUCAUGAGUCCCUGCUUGCUUCUUCAGGCACACUACCACUGCUGUGAUAGUCUAGCAGUUAAGUGACCCCAGAGACCAACCAGCACUUCCUCCAGCAAGGUGGAAAGUCCUCAUCCCCGUUCUUGGUUUUUAUGCUGGGUUUUCACGAGCCCCCACUUGACCAACCAACUCUGUUCUUAAAAGGGGGGCUCAGGAGUUCUCUCCUUCCAGGCUGACAAAAAAAAUUUUAAUUAGUAAAGACUGUUUACAAUCUUCUAAUCUAAAUGGUACUGGAUGCAGUACAGAAAUACCAGCUGAAUAAGAAAUCUUGCAAUAAAAAGGGUAGGCUGUCUCAGAGAUGAGGGGAUUUAGGAACAAUGGACAAUUCCUGUUGGGUCAGGAUACCUCAGUGGAACAACUAGUCUUCCGUGGGUGCCUACUCUGACCUAGUCAGGAAAAGGUAACUUCUCUACUUGAAUAAAGUUAACAGCAUACAGGAUUCCAUCCCAAAGGCAGCGGUUUCCUCAGUUAAGGUUAAACCUUGCUGUUCCUCAAGAGGGGGAAAAAAAUGAGCAUUUCAUGAACUGAACUAUAUUACCUCUCAGCUCUCCAGUAAACAGGAUUAAUCCCAUGCUCUGUGAAUUACGCUAAAUAACAUUUCAUAUCUUUGAACGAUCUUUUAUUACAUAAAGUUGUCACAUAAUUGUAUAUUUGUCUACUUUGUACACAGUUUUUUCAAUCCCGUUCUGCACACAAUGGCUUCCAGAUUUCCUAGCGAUAGCAAGCACUAAUAAAUCCUGGUUUAAACAGAA